AUGGGGCCAAGGAACAGGGAGGAUAUAUGGAUUGGACCAGUAGCGUAUGAAAUAGCGUUACCGCCGCUGUUGGCAAACCUGCAUAAUGUUUUUCACGUGUCACAACUGAGGAAAUACAUUCCAGAUCCUACACAUGUGCUAGAUGUUGAUGAUAUACAAGUUCGUGAAGAUCUUACAAUCGAAGCUGGGCCAGUCAAGGUGUUGAAGGUGCAAACGAAGAAUCUAAGCGGAAAGGAAAUUCGCACGGUGAAGGUGUUCUGGAAUGAGAAAACCCAAGAGAUGACUUGGGAGCUUGAAGAAUUUAUGAGAAAAGAAUACCCCCAAUUGUUUGCAUAG